UUUCUCAGUCAAUCUCCUCUCUCUCUCUCUCUUUCACCUGCGAUUUCCUUCCCUUUCCACAACUCCUUCCUCUGGAAAAAACUCCCAUUUCAAAGUCUCCUCCUCCCUUCUCCUUUUAUAAUUGAAGUUUUUUUAAAAAAAACAGCUACUCUGGCAAACCGACAACAGCAAUGGCCGAUACCAGAAGCCGAAACGGCAAAAAGAUUCCGAUACCGAAAUGCCCAAUCUGCCAAACAGUUUACAACGAUCACUCUCACACGCCUCUGCUUCUCCAGUGCGGCCACUCUUUCUGUCUCAAUUGUCUCUCUCGCCUCCUCCUCUCUUCCUCACCUUGUAAACCAUCACAGAAAUCCUCACUUACCUGUCCUAAAUGCCGCCACAUCUCCCCUCUCGGCAACUCCCUCCUCUUCCUCCCUAAAAACUUCUCUCUCCUCUCUUCCCUCCUUCCCUCCUCCUCCGCCUCCGCCUCCGACUCCGACUCCUCCGACGACGAGAGCGAUGUCAAUCCUCGUCGAUUUCAUUGUUCUACAACAAGCGGCGUCGGAUUGGGUGGGAAUUUGUGUAGAGAUCAUGAAUUGAGGAUUGUGAAGGGGAUUAGUGAGGUGAAGUGGAGCGGUUUGUUGGUGAAGCGGAAGGAGUGUAAGCAUAAGGUAGUUGUGAGGAGAGUUAGGGUUGAUGACGUGGCCGAUGGUAAUUGGGUGGAGAAGGAGCUGGAUAAUUUGAGGAGGAAAGUUAUGUGGUGUAGAAAUGUGUGUGGAUUUUAUGGUGUAGUGAAGAGUGGAGAGGAUGAUUUGUGUGUUGUGAUGGAAAAAUGUUUUGGUUCUGUUAAGGAACAGAUGGAAGGGAAUGGCGGCCGCCUCUCUCUCGAUCAAAUCUUAAGGUAUGGAGCUGACAUUGCACGCGGGGUAAUUGAAAUUCAUGCUGCGGGUAUUGUGUGCCUGAACUUAAAGCCGUCCAAUUUUCUUCUUGAUGCAAGUGGUCAUGUGGUGGUUUCUGAUUAUGGACUUCCGAUGAUUCUUAAGAAAACUUCUUGCUCAAAGGGUCUGCUUGUGCCUGAGGCUGAUCCAUUAAAAACACAUUGGUGUAUUGAUUGUUUGUCGCUAAGUCCAUAUUAUUCAGCUCCAGAGGCAUGGGAGCCAUUAAAGAAAUCUUUGCACUUAUUCAGGGAUGGUAACAUUGGCAUAUCUGCAAAAUCAGAUUCCUGGAGUUUUGGUUGUGCUCUCGUCGAAAUGUGCACUGGCUUCACUCCGUGGGCUGGUCUAAGUGCAGAAGAGAUCUACCAUGCUGUUGUUAAGGAAGGAAGAUCACCUCCACAAUAUGAAAAAGUUGUAGGUCAUGGGAUUCCUACAGAACUAUGGAAGAUGAUUGGCGAGUGCCUACAAUUUAAGGCAUCGAACAGACCCACAUUUCAUGCAAUGCUCGCCAUAUUUCUGCGUCAUUUGCAAGGAAUACCUCGAAGUCCUGCAAUUCCUAAUACAGAACCUGCAAACUGUUCCAGAAUUGAUAUGCUGGAACAAUCUCCGACAUCUGUCCUGGACAUUUUCCCAGUCAAAAGCAACCAUCUGCAUCAACUUUUAUCUGACGGGGAUGUGGAUGGUGUCAGAGAUCUUCUUGCCAAGUCUGCAUCGGGUAACGAUGGCAACUCAGUUAUUUCUCUGCUUGAAGCACAUAAUGCUGAUGGUCAAACUGCAUUGCACUUGGCUUGUAGACGGGGUUGCCUUAAACUUGUUGGUGCCAUUUUGGAGUACAGCGAUGUGGAUGUGGAUAUUCAUGACAAAGAUGGUAAUCCGCCAAUAGUGUUUGCUUUAGCAGCUGGAUCUCCAGAAUGUGUAAGAUCUCUUAUCAGAAGAUCAGAUUAUGCAACUUGUAGGAUGAGUGAAAGCAUUGGCCGGUCAGUAGCUCAUGUUUGUGCAUAUUAUGGGCAACCAGACUGCAUGUUGGAAUUACUUUUGGCUGGUGCUGAUGCCAAUGCAGUGGAUGAUGAUGGUGAAUCUGUACUGCAUGUAGCCAUCACCAACAAACAUACAGAAUGUGCUAUUGUCAUAUUGGAAAAUAGUGGAUGCAGAUCAAUGAGUUUUCUGAACUCAAAAAAUAUGACACCCCUACAUUUGUGCAUAGAAGCUCUAAAUGUGACUGUUGUCAAGAGGUGGCUAGAAGUUGCAUCAGAAGAAGAAAUCGCUGGAGCCAUUGACCUGCCCAGUUCAGUUGGAACUGCAUUAUGUAUGGCAGCUGCUUUAAGAAAAGAUCACGAGACAGAGGGCAGAGAGCUGGUGAGAUUACUUCUUGCUGCUGGAGCAAACCCUGCUGCCCAAGAUGCUGAAAAUCAUCAAACAGCUUUGCAUACAGCUUCGGCAGCAAAUGAUGUUGAGUUGGUCAAGAUCAUUCUUGAUGCUGGAGUGAAUGCUAACCUACGAAAUGUGCAUGGUACAAUACCUCUUCAUUUAGCAUUGGCUAAAGGUGCAAAGCCUUGCGUUGAAUUGCUCUUGGCUGCUGGUGCAGAUUGUAAUUUGCAGGAUGAGGAUGGUGACAAUGCCUUCCAUAUAGCUGCUGUGGCUGCAAGGUUGAUACGUGAGAAUCUUGACUGCAUCAUCCUUAUGCUGCAGUGCCCAAAUGCAAGCAUUAAAAUUAGAAACAACAGUGGUAAGACGUUGUGUGACCUCCUGGAGAGCCUGCCCCGAGAAUGGAUUUCAGAAGAGCUUUUGGAAGCACUAGCUAAUAAGGGAGUUUCUUUAUACCCAACAGUGUUUGAAGUUGGAGAUUGGGUAAAAUUCAAGAGGGGCAUGAAGAAUCCAACAUAUGGGUGGCAAGGUGCAACGUGUGGCAGUGUUGGUUUUGUACAGAGUAUUCCAGAGAAUGGCAGUCUUACUGUAUCAUUUUGCACAGGAGUUGCUCAUGUCUUGGCAAAUGAAGUUGUAAAAGUGAUUCCUUUUGACAGUGGCCAACUUGUGCAACUUAAACCUGAUGUUAUAGAGCCCAGAUAUGCAUUGCAUGAACAAUUACGUCACAGUCAGGGAACUGUUCUGUGCAUUGAGGAUGAGGGGUUUAUACGUAUUGGUUUUCACGGUGCCUCUAAGGGGUGGCAAGCUGAUCCUGCAGAUUUUCAAAGAUUUGAAGAAUUCAAGGUUGGUGAUUGGGUUUGUGUUCGCAAAACACCUGAGGCUGUAAAGCACGAUUUUGGAAUUGUGACUGCUGGAAGCAUAGGGAUCGUGCAUGGUAUCAGAUCCGAUAGUAGUUUGUUGAUAGAGUUCAGUUGUGUACCUGCUCCAUGCAUAUUUGAACCAGAGGAGGUUGAACCAGUUGUGCCUUUUAAGAUAGGUGAGCUAGUAUGUGUGAAACGAUCUAUUGCAGAGCCCAGCUUUGCUUGGGGUGGUGAGACACAUCAUAGUGUUGGAAGAAUAUUUGACAUAAAGAGUAAUGGUCUUCUGAUAAUCGAAAUACAAAAUCGGUCCAUACCAUGGACGGCUGAUCCUUCAGAUAUGGAAAAGGUGGAGGACUUCAAGGUUGGUGACUGGGUUAGAGUAAAAGCUUCGGUACCCUCUCCAAAAUAUGGGUGGGAUGAUGUCACCAGGACUAGCAUUGGUAUUGUCCAUAACUUAGAGGAUGAUGGUGACAUGGGUGUUGCUUUCUCCUUUAGAAGCAGGCCCUUUCUAUGUUCAAUGACAGACAUGGAGAAGGUGUCACCUUUCAAAGUGGGACAAGAGAUCCGUGUCAUGCCGUCUAUCACUCAGCCAUUGCUUGGAUGGUCAAAUGAAAGUCCAGCUACUUUUGGGACUGUUGCGAGGAUUGACAUGGAUGGAACCCUCAAUGUGAGAGUGGCUCGUAGAGCAAGCUUAUGGAAAGUUGCUCCAGGUGAUGCUGAAAGGCUCUCAGGACUCGCUGUUGGUGACUGGGUUAGGGUGAAGCAAUAUCUGGGGUCUAGACCAAGUUAUGAGUGGAACAGUUUUAGGAAGGAGAAUAUCGCUGUAGUGCACAGUAUACAGGAUUCUUUUCAUCUAGAUUUGGUUUGUUGUUUUCGUAAAGGAAAGUUGCCUGCCCACUGCACAGAGGUGGAAAAGGUUUCACACAUAAAAAUAGGGCAGCAUGUUCGAUUUCGUACUGGACUGGUUGAACCUAGGUGGGGAUGGAGAGGCGCAUGCCACAAUUCAAGAGGUGUUGUAACUGCUGUAAAUAUUGAUGGAGAAAUAAGAGUUUCAUUCUCUGGGUUGCACAAUUUGUGGCGAGGAGAUCCCGCGGAUUUUGAGAUAGAUCAAAUGUUUGAGGUGGGAGAAUGGGUAAAAAUAAAAGACAGUGCCACCGGGUGGAAAAGUAUGGGGCCUGGAAGCCUUGGAGUUGUACAAGGAGUGAGGCAUCAAGAGGGUGGUUGGGAUGGUACUUUCCUUGUUGGGUUCUGCGGCGAACCUGAAUUAUGGGCAGGACCGGCAUGUGAGCUUGAAACAGUGGAUAAACUUGCAGUAGGCCAAAAGGUGAAGGUGAAGCCCCAUGUAAAGCAGCCACGAUUUGGUUGGUCAGGCCAUACACAUGAGAGCAUUGGUUCUAUAUCAGCGAUAGAUCUAGAUGGAAAACUGAGGAUAUUUACACCAGCUGGCUCCAAGGUUUGGAUGCUUGAUCCAUCAGAAGUUGACGUGGUGGAGGAAGAGAUAAUACAAAUUGGAGAUUGGGUAAGAGUCAAAUCAUCUAUAGCUACCCCAGUAUACCAAUGGGGAGAGGUCACUCGUGAUAGCAUUGGAGUGGUGCACAAGAUGGAGGAAGGAGAGCUUCUGGUGGCAUUUUGCUUCUUGGAUCAGCUUUGGGUUUGCAAAGAAUGGGAAAUGGAAAAGGUAAGGGCAUUUAAGGUAGGUGACAGUGUGAGAUUUAGGGAACGACUGGUGAAGCCCAGAUGGGGGUGGGGAAUGGAAACCUGUGCUAGCAAGGGCCAAGUAGUUGGGGUGGAUGCUAAUGGAAAGCUACGAAUUAAAUUCAAAUGGAGAGAAGGACGACCUUGGAUUGGAGACCCAGCAGAUAUAAUUCUUGAUGAGAGCUCUAGUCUUGCUUGAUAGCAGCUUUAGUCUGUAUUGAAUCUGGAUGUGAUAAAAGCUAAAGCGAGAGCCAGGAGUGUAAGAAAGUGCAGUGAUCACUGCAAGAAAUGGCAUAUCAGUGCAAAAUGUUCCACCAAACAGGACGGACAGCAAGGCUGUUUGAUAUAUUAUUCAUCUCAUAAUUAAAGAUACUGGUGAAGGAAUGGCGUGAAGAUCAUGUGCAGGUUAGGUGGAGCUCAUUUCUUCUUCAUAAUAUUUUCUUUCGAGGCCUUGCAGAUAUUGUCAUUUUGUCCAAGUGAUUCAGUCAUGAUUUGCGUGAAAGAGUAAUGCACAUAUUUCAAAUUUGUGGGGGGGUAGAGAAGGGUUUAUGACUUGUGUUAGCCAUGACAUGCAGCAGAUGGGUCCAUCUCUGCAUUUAAUGUACAUCAUGCUAGUUUGUAAAAAAAAAUACGAGUUUGUAGCAUAUAAGCUAGGAAAAGCAGCUGGGAGAUGCGCACUCUUUUUUGUAGGAAAUCUGGUUGAUUGUUCUAGUUUCUGUGCUAUUAUUAGAUAUAAUAUGUCCGUAAUUUUUGUUUA